AUGGCUCUUUCGGCUCCUGCGAAAGAUGCCCCUAAUCUGGAGGCGACUCUCAAGGACGUCACCUCCAAAAGUCACACCGCACGUCAAACCAGCAAGCAGCAAGUCCGGCAUCGCGCUUCUGUCGCCUGUGCAUCAUGUCGCGAUCGAAGAAUACGAUGUGUGGUUCCCAUGAAUCAGUCUCGAUGCAACGCUUGUUCCAAGUCUGGCGCAGAGUGCAUUAUCAAGAAUGAUGAUGAGCGCAGACGACCCAUAUCUAAAGCAUAUAUGUCGUCAUUAUCAGACCGAAUAUCUAUGCUCGAAGGCUUACUGUUGGAAAAGGGUGUUGUUCCACCUCCUGCCACUCAUCCUCCGAAGACAAGGCAUGAUUUCCAAGACGGCUUAACAGUUACCAUAACCAAUUCAGACCUACUAAAGAGAUCUGACCCAAAAUCCCCAGGCAGUGAAGAUGGGUCACCAUCGGAAUAUCAUGCCGAUGAUUUUGGAACACACGAGAGUGAGUCUGGGGCUGAUAACCAGCACGAACAACAGUCGCUACUUUCGCGUACAAAUGAGGACUCGCCGUUUCACAUGUUAGACCCAAAGCAAGAUGACAUCAUUCAUCGACUCCUAUCCACGAAGAACAAUCUAUCAUUUGAUCAAAUUUCUGGACGACUACGCUUCUUCGGGCCUACAGCCAACAGUCACGUUCAUGCUGAAUCAACAGGCCUGUCUGAUACUCGUGAACCCCCGGAACAAAUUCGCAGAGCAGAAAAGAUCAUUUCAUCGCUCAGUCGUGAAACACACGAUUAUCUCAUAGACGGCUUUUUCCAAUAUUACAACUCUGUGAUUCGGAUCAUUGAUCGGGAUGCGUUUGAAGCCGAUCGGAUAUCGAAGUCCUCCAAGUUUUACUCUCAUUUCCUCCAUGUAACAGUAUUGGCGACUGGUUAUCGGGCAGCUGAUGUGGACAGGGAGGAUAUGCGUAAGAUCACGGUUAAUCCCCGAGAAAGUUCGCUUCAUAGAGAGGCCAAACACAUGCUCGAUAUUGAGCUCGAACGACCUGGCGGCAUCCCCAGUGUCCAAGCCUUAUUGCUACUUGGUGACCUCGAGUGCGGUGUUGGUAGAGAUAAUACCGGUUGGAUGUAUUCCGGGAUGGCAAAUCGCCUUGCUUUCGAUAUUGGAUUACACCUUGACUGUACUAGUAACAUGUCCCAGCAAGAUAUGAAGAUUCGGAACAUGGCCAUGCAAGCAUGUGUCAUUUUCGACAGAUAUUGGGGACUGUUUCUUGGCCGUCCCUUAGCCAUCAAAAGCCAAGAUGUUGAUCUCCUUUCCAACCGAUUCUCUCAGCUUGCUUCCUUCGGUCUCGACACUCCUAAAUCCGACUUGACAACUGAAAUUUACGAACAACUGAUUGAGUUGAUGGAACUUGCGGGUCGUAUUGUUGAAAUACGUGACCUUACUAGUUCAAACAAAUUUGUGGCACAGAAUGGCAUAUUUGCUACGAAUGAAGCGGAUGAAAACAGAUAUUUACAGGUCAUCAAUCUCGACAGGCAGCUACAGAACUGGUAUAGGCGAUUGCCCGAGCGAAUGGCAUGGAAGCCAAGCAAUGUUAAGACGGCUCCUUAUAGCUUCUUCCUCUUACACCAGCAAUACCAUGUGACCAUGAUAUUACUCCAUCGACCAUGGGCUAAAUAUGGCUCCAUCACAGGUGAUAACACCAGCACAGGUUCACAUCCUAGCCCUGAAGCCGACCGAGCAGCUGGUUCUGAAAGUCCAGGGCACCACCUCAGCCAUACUGCAGAAGGCUCAACGACAUCGUCAGAAGAUCGUCAGCAGGCCGUUCAUGGUAGUCGUACGACUUUAGCUCGUAGUAUAUGCACUCAGCAGGCGAUACGGGUGGCCCGGAUUUUCUGGCAGCAUCGCCAGCGGUUCGAUGGACGCAAGAUUUUCAUAACAGGAAUCCAACAUGCUGGGACUGCGUCGAUCGCAUUGAUUGCUGCACUCGCUUAUCAGCGCAGCGAGCCAAAUUUUCAAGCCUAUAUCGGCUAUCUCGAGGUUCUCUCCGAUGCUGUGGGUGAUAUGAGUUCUACUUAUCAUCCUGCCAGCAGGAUGCAUGAUUUGCUGAAAGCUGUGCUCGAACAGAUCCGGUCCAGCAUGCAGGAUGCUUCCAGGUCACGCAGUGGUAGCACCGGCCAGCAAACAUUCAAUGGGGGCACCAGCAGUGCAAGAAGUGGUCUUUCCUAUGACAGUAGCUCAUCGAUUUCUGUCAUUCCAGUCAGGCGAGAGGCAGAUGGAGAGUUGAGCCAGCCUCCAAAGAAGCGAAGGCCAUCUGUACAUCGGCAGGCAUCAGACUUUGCCUCGUCAAAACCGUCAUUCCUUGGCAUACCAUCUCAACCCACGUCAUCUCCCCCCGACAAAGCUUAUGUUAUGCCUUAUGGUCAACAAGGUCAACCACAUCUUGACUCAAUCAUGUUCCCGAUGAACGUGCACAAUCAAGAUGGCCAGCUUGGCCUCAACCUGAUGGUCGGACCUAGUGUCAACGUCAAUCACACUGAGAUCCCUUCAGGGCAUAUGGCAGGGGGCAUGAAUCACGCGAACCUUACCAAUCCGAUGCCAGACAACUGGGGCGUACCCAACAUGCAACAACCUUAUGCGCCAGGCCAAUUUCAUGGUGUUGUGGACUGGACCUCUGAAACUGCUGGUCUUAGCGCCAGUUCAGUAUUGAACCAGAGUGCCGCUAUGGCGACUGGCAUAAUGUCAGGAGUGUCUGCUUUCGGCUCGAUGAAAGAGCCGGGAAAGUUUGCGGAUAAUGAGAGAGGUAUGACUGAUCCAACAUCGGGAAAGCUUCCUCAUAUCGGCACAAACUGGGCCAGCGGCAGUGUUGGAUCUGUGGCUACGGGGAGUAUAGACGGAUACGGCCCAAACAUGGUGAAGCCGCCACGCUUUGAUGAAGAUAACGACCAACAAAGAAACUACUCUCUUGAUUUUUUCAAUUUCGGCUAA